GUAACCAUGACGACGGCAAUCGGUUUGACGGCGAGGGCGGCGUGGUCGCGCACGCCUUUCUGCCGCGAACGGCACGUGCACUUUGACGACGACGAACCGUGGGUCCUCGACAACGAACACGGACGAGAUUUCUAUUGGGUGGCGUUGCAUGAGAUCGGACACGCGCUAGGUCUUAACCACUCGGACAGGCGAGAGGCAAUCAUGUUCGCGUUCGUGAAGUCGUACGAUCCAUACCUGAAUCUGAAUCAAGACGACAUCAACGGAGCCAAGCAUCUGUACCCGCUGCGAUUCUGCGAAAAGUUCUCGAGACAACGAAUUCGGCUCCUAAGAGGAAAGAAGAAAUAAAUCACAAGGGAAACCACAUGUGAUACUAAUGAACGUAGACUCGGUGCGUGAGGAAAUAUACAAGAAAGGACAAUAAACGUUGCCUAACCACGUGGGAACGAGAGUGUGGACGACUCAACGUAAAAUGCACCAGCAGACAUAGAAUAGCUACAUUGGAACAGCAUGUGGGAUUAUAAAAUGUGAAAUGACUACGUUUGGAAGAAUAUUAGAUAAUACCAAACGUAAAAUGACUACGAUGGGAGAACUUGGAGAACUACUGAGCAUGGAAUAUCCAUAUUGUAUAAACACCAAAGACAGCUAAAGGCAGACCUACUGCGUUGAAAACAACUGAGUGACUGUUAAACCUAGAAUAGCUACGUGUUAAGCGCGUAGAAGACUAUACUGUGACUACGUUUUAGAAAAUAAUUAAUGGAAAAUUACGUAAUUGACAGGAAAGAACAAAUUAACAACGAGCCAAUUUGCAAGCAUUACGAUCAACGCUCCAGCUGUGGAUCGGACACUUUGACACGACCAACGACGUUCAGCGGAGACUAAUUACACUCCAAUUAACGCGAUUUAAUUAGCAGAGCAACCUAAAGACUGACUACCCGAUCACAGCAGGAGAGUUGGUUCAUCAACGCGUGACAGAUUGAUUCACUAUAUAUAUAUAUAUAUAUAUAUAUAUAUAUAUAUAUAUAUAUACUACUGAUGUCUCACAUCUAGGGAAGACUUGGCGAGCAGGCGGGUUGUUAUUAGUUCUCUAUGGGGGAUUUUUCAAAGCAUUUUGUUUUUCUGCUUCUUUUAUUUAGCUUUGUUGUCGAUGGUAGAGCGGGACUGCGACUCCUUCACGCGUUUGACGUAAUCCCAAAAUACCUGUAUCUGUGAUAGUCGCGAAAUCAAAACGUUGGGAUCGUAGCUAAGGCGAAAUUGCGGUCUGGAUCUCUGUGAUGAAUUACCGGGUUUUUUUUGUAUCACCGCCAUGUAUUCGGAAGUUUUGCACCGAAAUGUCACGAGUGAGCAGAAUUUAAGUUGAACGAUCUCGCCCCGCACGUUUGGAGUAUAUUCGUGUUGUUGCGUAGGUACGCCGCAAGAUGGCGCUACUGGGUGAUUAUGUGCGCACGUGGUUGUGCGAUUCCAUAGAAAUGUCUAGCUGUAAAAUGAUGAAAUGAUGUAAAAAAAACAUUUUUUGGGUUAUUAAUGAGUAUUAUUGAUACAUGGGCAGCACUAGCCCAUCUACAUUACCUGCACACACACCUUGUAACUUAAAUAUUGUUUAUAUUAUAUAUAUAUAUAUAUAUGUGUGUGUGUGUGUG